CCCGAGCCCUGCACCCAGCUCUCCAGCUGCCUUUUAAAAUCUGCAGUGAAAAAACCGAGCAACGCCACAUCCUACACGCUGGAGGGGAGGGGGAGAGCAGUGUGUCCACAAAUGGAUCCGAAACAAGGGAAAGGAAGGGUUCGGAACUUUAUUAUUAAAUACGUCCUCCACGCCAGAAAAGUCAGGGCUCAGGUCUCGGUACUGGAGGGACUAGGCUGAAGCCCCGGACACGGCUUGGGGGGCGCGGGCGGCGGGUCCGGGCUUCCGGUCUCCCGGGCACCAGACGGUCGCGGCGGGAGGGGGGAGGGCGCGCGCUCGGAGCUUUCCCUCCCCCACCCCCGCCCAAGGGUCUUCUUUCCUCGGGAUUCGGUGCCGCCCAUCCUCCAGGGCCGACUGGCCGCGGGGCUGAAGGGGGCCAGGACGCCGCGACCUAGCUUCGCGCCAGGCCUCUCCCCGGCGACGGCGCCGCAACAAGAUGGCGGACGACAGAGAUAGGGAAGGCACAGGAAGAUGAGAUCCGUAAGGGAGAUAAGACAUUCACAAGUAGGAGGGAGCAGUCGGCUGGACUGAGCAGCGUGUGUGCCAGCUACUGUGCCAGAGAUUGCAGUAGCAGAAUUUCACAAAAAAAUCAAAGAAGCUUUUGAAGUUUUUGACCAUGAGUCAAAUAAUACAGUGGAUAGAGAUUGGAACAAUUAUCAGGUCAUUAGGAUGCUGCCCUAGUGAAGGAGAGCUACAUGAUCUGAUUUUAGAGGUGGAGGAAGAAGAGCCCACUGGAUACAUUCGAUUUGAAAAGUUUCUUCCAGUGAUGACUGAAGUACUACUGGAAAGAAGAUAUAGACCAAUUCCAGAAGAUAUCCUUCUUCGAGCUUUUGAGGUAUUAGAUCCAGCCAAACGUGGGUUUCUAUCUAAGGAAGAAUUGAUCAAGUAUAUGACUGAAGAAGGUGAGCCUUUUUCUCAGGAGGAAAUGGAAGAAAUGUUGUCUGCUGCAAUUGAUCCAGAAUCGAAUUCAAUUCAUUACAAGGACUAUAUAACAAUGAUGGUCAUAGAUGAAAAUUAAACACUCUUAAGACUUCAUUUCUAAUUGAAAGCUAAUUUUAAGAAUCACUUAUUAAUUUCAUGUUUUGUAAUUCCUACAUAUUGCUAAUUAAUGCCUUGUGACUAUUUCAAGAUAUUUUGUUUUUUAAAGGUGAUCAUUACAGUUUAAAAUAGAAAUUUAUUUAAUAUGUCUAGCCCUAUGAAAUGACAAAUUGCUAAUUAUUUUUAAACUAUUC